AUGCAUGCCUCCCGGGUGGGGCCCCGUCUCUAUACGCGGAGUGCGAGGUUCAUUCGUCGACUGGCCAGCACAUCAUUACCUCAGGAUGGGAACGCGGUCCCCUUGCCCAGACCCCUGCUGCUGACGCUGGAGAGGAAGGUAGGGCGCGAAGCAGGCAGCGACGAGGAGCUCUGGCGCAGCGGCGCGUUUGGCGCGGGGGUGGUGCCCGACCUCCCCCCCGCGACAACGCUGCGCCAGCUGGCAGCGCAGGCCUUGCGGCUGCCGGGCGGUCAUGUCGCCCAGUCCCCCACCACAGCCCCGCCAGCAACUUGUCGUGCACCGGCCGGCCUCACGCCGCAGCAGCCGCCCGGGUGCAUCACGGUUCGCAGCGUGGCAGCUCAGCUGCGCAGCCGGGAGGACCUACGGCGGCGCAUGGCGGCAGCUGUCGCCGGCAGCGAGGGCCACCCCCCAGCGCAGGCCCUGCUCCUCCUCUCAGGCGGCCACCCCGUGCGGACCCUGCCGAUCGUGCCGCACUUUCUUGGCAACAGCCUGAGCAUGUUGAGAGAUGCGGGCACAGCCCGGUCCAGAGGCGAGCUGCCCGCCGACACCCGUCUCUGGGCGGUGGCCAACCCUGGGUCCGAGACGCUGCGCCGCCUGGCCGCCAAGGUGGAGGCGGGGGCAAGCACCGUGCUGACCCAGCCCCCGCUGCUCUGGCGGCGGAGCCGGGAGUGGAUGGAAAGAGCGGCGGAGAAUGGCCUCACGCACCGAGCUCGGAUUGUGCUGGGAGUCCCUCUGAUCACUUCCCGAUCCAACCUGGAGUUCUGGCUGUUCCUCAUCGGGGCAGGGGCGGGGGAUGAGGAGGCCGCACAGCUCCUGGCUGACUUCCCGGCCAGUCAGGAUGCGGAGGGAGUCAGAGCAUGGAACGCCGACCUCAUUCGGCGGACGCUCGACCUUCCUGGCGUGGGGGGGCUGCAUGUCAUGCCGCUGACCAAGCGGGCGCGGCAGCUGACGCAAGGCUUCCUGCAGGAUGGGACCCUGCCCAAGAGCUGUCCCGGAGUGGAGGCCUGA